AUGUUCAGGGCCAAGUGUUUUCAGGGGGAUAGUGGCGGUGGCCUAAUGACACAACUGGACGAUGGCCGUUGGGUGCUGCUUGGCGUUGCUUCAAUUGCUACCGGCUGCACGGAGCUGCUGAAAAAAGAAAGUGUCGCAAAGGGACAAGUCCAUACGAGUGUUGCGUUUUAUGGAGCCGAUAUUGCCCACUUCACUGGUUUCUUCUUACCGCUGGUGCAUGUUUGA